AUGAAGGAGCGAUUUCUGCGUCUACUGCCAUUCAUAUUUCUUUUGGCAAAGGGUAAUUUAGUCAUCAUUUUUGGUGCUUUUUCAAAUUUCAUUGAAACUAUUAAGAAUAUUUUAGGUCAAAACGUCCAGAUAUCCCCGCCCUCAGGAGCCUUUGUUCUCCGCAGAUCUGACGAUAAACCGAAUCCCUAUUUUUCAUCGUUACCAAAUUCCACAGAAAUAACUGAAUUGUAUCUGCAAAAUGGUUGCGCUUUCAACGCUGACCAAACUGUCUCCCAGCGAAUGGGAGGAAGAUCUUUCUAUGAACAUUUGUUCCCUGCGGCGCAAAAUUUACAUUGCACUGUGAAUGUGAGAUUAGCCAAGGAGGAGAUUUACUUGGUGAGCUUAAUAUUGCCAAAACAUUAAUUCUUUUCGAAAAUGAUUACCAUGUUUAUUUGUAGGACCGGCCAUUUGUUGAUAUCAUCGUUCUCCGUGAUCCCGUUUGGAUCAGUCUCUUCAAGCAUCGGUUGUGUGUAACUGUUCAAUUGACAAACCAAGCUGGUGCUUCUGUUGCUGGCUCUUGUAUCUUCCAUGAACGGCAUCCAAACAAACAUUCAUGUUUGAUUAGACAAGUUGUUCCGUUCUCUUGGUUUCAAGUCAAAUCAACUGCUCAAAAAAAAGAACAGGUAAAUUUAGGGAUUUCCCAAAACAAAACUAUUUUCAUAUUCCCCUUUAAUCUUUUUUUCAGAUUGUUUCGGUAUCUUACUCCGUCAAACGCCAAUGUUCUUCCCCUGAAUUUCCUUUACUUGGGCAACGCCUGAAGCUGAUGUCAACCGUCGAGAAACUUGGGGCUUUCAUGAGCAACAAACAAGAUGUUGGGUGAGUAUUUCUUUUGCUCUCAUAUCCCUCGCUUCAGCCAUUUAACCGUCCUUUCUCGGCCAAACAUCACUUUCAUCACGGAGUCCAUGUCAGCGAUGAUUUUUCAUUUCAAAAGAAACUCAACGACUAACAAUUCAACUGAGCUCGAGAAAUUAAACGUCCGAUUUUAUGUCGAUGACAGGUUUGAGGUGGUCUCUGCUUCAUCUUUGGAUCCGAGAGCAUGGAGGCUAAGGGUUGAGACGGUGACCGAACCAAGAAAAUUCACAAGUUUCCAGUUGAGUUAUAAUGGAAGGGAGCCGUUAGAUGAAAAGUAAGUCAUAUAAACGGAUCUUUGAACUGCCAAAUACUACGGCUGAAGCUAACCACUUUGAAUCCAUGAAAUUUCAGUUUUGAGCAGUACAUCUUCGCCGUUCUUCUGAGACUCCGAAAUCGAAUUGACAGCAUUUUACGGCCAAAUCAAACCACUCAAUCACAAAUUCAGCUACAAUGGAACGUGGAGUUAGAUGAAAGUAAUGAAGUUAUACCCAUGAAAUCAACGUCAAAAGCAACACCAGCCACAGAACCAAUAAAAGCGACCAUGUACAAGGUUGUGAAGAACAUAAAUAUUGGAUCUGACAGAGCUUAUGCUCUGGUUCCUCUGGCCAAGGUAGGGUCUACGGUUUGAAGCAUUCACUUUAUUCAUCUUAGACCAGUGAUCUCAUAAACACCGCUGUGUUGACUGGAAUUCAAGUGGCUACAACCAUGAGAAUCUAUGUUGUAACUGAAGCCGGUCAACUCCAAGAUAUCACCGACAAAUCGCACUGCCAAUCAGUUGAAGCUCGUAUAAUAAAAGUGUCUCCAACAUGCACAUCCAUCUACGUUGAUGGCUCUGAACUCCGAGGGAAAUCAGAUGUUCAAAUAGAAGUGAUCUACAAAAAUAUGACGGCUUCGGCUUCAUUUGUGGUAUGGUAUCCAAAACUGCCAAUUACUGUCUGGGCCGCUGAUAGGAAUUUGAACUCUGUAAAUGAUUGGAGAAUCGCCGGAUGGGAGAAUUUUGGGACAAGGCGGAGAAAAAGAAAGGCCGCGCAAUCUGUUUGUGAAGCCAGAUUUCAACAAACUGAGGUAAGCAAAAAAUAAAUUUUUGAAUUACAUUUGUCGAGCUGUUCUAUCUUAAUAAUUCAUUUUAGAUCCGAGUCCUUGCCGCCUUUCAUAUCGUCGAUGAAGAGACCGGCGAAAAAUCGUAUCUUUCAGGAUCUCACGAUCUUUUCUUUGAUGUCACCCAGAUAUCUCAACAAAGAUUGCACUCCUCAAACCCCGCAAUUGUCUCCAUCCGUCGAAAAGAUGGCCGAGUUUUGGCCAUUGGCCAUCAUCCAGGCCAAGCUCGGCUGGCUAUUAAAUCAGUCACUGGGAAUGAUAUCGAAUAUGGGGCAGUCGAUCUCGCUGUCUCUAAAGAUACCGUAUCCGCUGUCCAGUUAUUUGUGAGAGUCGUCUCGGAUGUCCAAUUGGAACUGCAGUCCAAGCCAGGACUGGCCUCUCAAUUCGAAUUAAUAGCCAGAACAAAUGGAUUAUUAGCUCAGAAAUAUCAGCAUGCCACUUUGGAGAUCUUCAUUUUCUAUUCUGAUGGACAAAAGGAGUUGUUGUCUGAUGUGGAAACUACAUUUUAUUCGUUGUCUAUCUACACAACUGAUGAGAAUGCGUUGAAAAUUGGGCAGCAAAGAGGAAGUUCAAAUGUGGAAUUGGUCUUAUUAGAGGACAAGCCUGAUAUUAAAUUAACUGUGGAAAUGAGAGCUCCGAAAGUCUGCGACGACCCCGACACGCCGUCAUUGGCUGCGGGAAUGACAAUAUUGGACACUGGGGUGAAGUCAGCGGUGCAGCAGACUCAGCAUAUUUAUGUAGACAGUGCCGAGAAAAUACGUAAGAAUAAAUUUUUAUUUUUUUUACUUCACACUUCUAGACAUGAAUGUGACCAACUCCCAGCCAGAGAACUCUUCUUCCCUCGGCCUUCAACCUCUUUUGGCCAUUCUUCUCCUCCUGAUCCUCAUUGUUGGCCUUUAUCACAUCCUCAGCGGGCAAUUCCGAGGAUUUCACAAUGGUUAUGAGAAGUUGGUAAUGCCCUUGCUAGCUCGUUUAUCCUCCAAUGGAAGCCUUGCCAGUGAAAAUGUGUGUGAAGGAGAGAAUACUUCCAAGGAAUUUGUUUGGCUUCCCAAAAGCCAGAUCGAUAACAUGAGCGUGAACAGUCAUUUCUCCCAGAAAUCAACUAUGAAUGCGACAAAUGGGACCAGCUCCAGCAAUAGUUCAUCCUCUUCAAGUGGAAACGGAACCAAUAGAAGCGUUUCCGUCUCGUAUCGAGGCUCCGAAAUCAGUGUUUUCAUAUCCCCACAGACAAAAGGAGCGGUUUCUGUAAGUUCUUAAAGUAAUUAAUGUUAGAGUUAUGAUAAUUUAGGUAAACGAAGAGCAACGGCAGUUGCAACAAGCCAGCUGGAGAUCAACAAAUGGUCGGACAAAUCGGGUUCGACGACAAAAUGGAUACGGAUUCCAGAUAUCCAGGCUAAAUGAAGGUGCUGUGAGUGUGCAUGAUAAAUUGAGUGACUCGAACUAUGUUGGGAAAUAUGGAAAUGCAACUCAUAACUCGCUGAAUGGUCGGAUAAAGAGGAGAAGUAGCGAUCAUAUGCCUUUUGGGGAUGAAUUCGGAUCGGUGACAAAAAGAGCGCCACUAAAGAGAGAUGUAAGUUUAAAAUAAUGUAAUUUUGAUGAGAUAUAAAGAACCAUAAUAUAAUGUCUUUUUUAGACAUAUAAUAUUGCUCCCACUCGUUUCCAUCGGACCAAUUCCUCUUCCAAUCAGAUCUUUGAUCAUCCUCGACAACAACAUAUGCCAUCGUAUCUCCGUCAUUCCGCCCAUCAGCUCCCUUCUUAUAACAAACGAGAUCGCCCCAACGGUUUGAUGUAUGGAUCGGCUUCAAGCUACUGUCCUCCCUUGGUCAAAGACAAGUACAGUGAGUAUGAGAUUGGGAUAAAUUCUGGAGAUUCAUCGCCCGAGGAGAUGACUCCACCUCCCACAGCGUUGGCCCCUCAUUAUUUCCAAAGUUGGAUGACCGUGGGCUCCAUUGAGAAGUUGCCUCGGGCGUCUGUUUCUCCCAGGAAGCCUCCAAUCCCAUCAAAUGGAGAUCUUCGAGAGACUGUCGCCUAG